GUGAGACCUCUAUCAUGACCUAGAUUCAUACCUUCAAAAUAUCUUGGUUUGUCGAGAGCGAACAAUUUGUUAAAUAUUUUGUAAUUAGAAAACACAACAAUGGAUUUAUUCUUUAACUUUUUGAUCGUAUUAUUAUUUCAUACAUCACUGGAUUUAAUCGAAGCUUAUGACCGGCAUAAAUGUCAAGCAAAGGUUCGGACCAGUCGCCAUUAUGUUGCAACUUUUGAAAAAACGUGUUACCUGUUCGUGAAUCAUGAAAAAUACUGGGACGAGGCACGUUCUUACUGUUGGAAUAUGGGCGGUGAAAUGCUAUACAUAGAGAACUCUAAAACAAUGAAUUUUAUAAAAUCAGUGUUGAACUCUAGAGAACUAGGUUGGUCAAAUAAUGGUGUUUGGAAUGGUGCAAGUGAUCUUAGAGACAAAGGUUGGGAGUGGACAACUGGAAAAUCUUUAACUUACAAAAAUUGGGCUGAUGGUGAACCUAGCUCUUUUCUUGGAAUCAUUUCUGUGGAGAACUGUGCUUGUAUGAGACGUAGUGAUGAUUGGAAAUGGCAUGAUUUCCAUUGCCAUUGGAGUAACUUUGAGUACAACUUUAUUUGUCAGUUCCCAAUGGAAGAAGAAAAGACUUACACAGGACAACAUGUGAACACUGGGGCUCCAUUAACAGUUGAAAAAGAUGAUAAAUUGGCUAUAAUUGGUCUUAUAAUUGGAGGUGUGGCCUUGCUGGUUAUUGUUUGUGCUGUUGUUUACUUCCUGAACAAGAAACAUGUACACCAGAGGAGAGAAUUUGAGAAGAGAAAACAGCGAAUGGCAGCAAGAUUCCAAAACACUGGCUAUGCAACUAUUAUGCAAGAUAUAUCACGUGACCAAUCAGGCGAUGGGAGUGUAGAUAUAGAUAUCGCCCAAUCAAAUGUGCGUCCGGUCAGCAACAUUUACUUGGAUCCUGUUGAAAUUGACCGAGUCUAUGAUGUUGUGAAUAAAGACACAAUUUUGGACAACCGAAAUCUUGCUAACUCAAGUCGUUUGGAUGAUCAAAAUGUGUCUAAUGUGUCAGAAACUGCUCCCCUUGUGUACACAGGGGGAGCUUCGUCUGCCGGAAAUCUUGCCGGAAUAGUAGCAAAUUCACCUAGCGAAGCAGCGGGGGCUACUUCCGGUUAUUGUGCAGCAAGGAGACGUGGGGAAGAGAGCGAAUAUAUUGAAAUGAGUGGAGGUAACAGCAUGAAUAGCAUGGAAAAUGUUGGUAACGAGACAAACCCGGCAAGAUGUUCUGGAGGAAGCACCGAUAACUUAAAAAACUUGAAAGGUGGCGCAACCGGAAGUGUUCACGACUUGAAGUCUUCAAACAUAUAUGUUACACCAGUACACUAUGACAAUAAAUUGAAUAAUACUACACCAGUGGAGAAGUCUAAGAGUCCAGAAAUUCACAUCUACAGCAACCGACUGGAUGAAAUUGACAACAACAGUUCUCUAGGUCUACGCCCAUUACCACCAGUUCCGAACACAGACAAUAGUAUUCCUGCUGAAAAAAUAGUCUCUUGAAGUUUACAGGCCAAGGGCUUAAUGUAAUAUUCAAUCAGAAAUUGAACUUUGUAUUGUUAUGUAACUAAGAAAGAAAUUUAUUCAGAUAUAUUUCCUUUAUGUUACAUUCUAAAAUGGCAAAGAUAUUUCUAUAGGCACUAAACUGAAUGGCUUUGAGUGUGAAGUUUCAGAGUGGUGCUUCUGAUUGCUGACUGAACAAGAUAAUAUUAUGCACAGAAAGAACAGUCUUCAGCAGUUUGAAAUGUAGAGUGUUAUUACAUUGGUAAAGAAUUAAGGGAGGAGGGAGAGAUUUGAUAGUAUAUUGUUUUAAAUUGUCAUCUCAUUGAAUUUUAUUACUGGUAUAUCAAAUGUAUCAAGAAUUUAAGGUAUCUAACUUCAAAUAUCUUUUCGAUCAUCACUGUGGGUUUGAAUCCUGCCAGAAAGGAUCUUUUAAGUGUUGAAACUGUGGGAGUUAUCUACCGAACUUCAGGCAGAUCUAUUGGUUCUAUUCGUGUACCACAGAGGUCUGUCUCCACUUGUAAAGUUGCAAUAUGACCUUAAAAUAGCCUUGACAGAACCAGGUCAGCCUGCAUUAUAUAGCCUGGUCAGACAGCUGUAUAUUGAUGACAUGGGAAAGUUAAUAUUCCCAGAGCAAUCAUAGCAUUAAAUAUAAUAUCAUCACUGUAAUUGAAAUUCCAAGUUUCAAAAAGUUUGUAUUUACCGUGUUAGACAAAACAAAAAUGUUAGUGAACAUCUAAUUAUUCUCCUGUUAUACCCGACAUUUUUAUUUCAAGAAAUUUAUAUCAAUGUAUUAUCUUAGAUAAAGUAUUUGCAGAUAUCUGAAUUGAUUAAAGCAUAUUGUAUUUUCUAUAUUUGUUAUAUAUUAAAAUUAUAAAUGGCAUUUAAUAUGUAUAUAUACAUGUGUAUUUCAAUUAUAUUUGACCAGUAUUUAGCUGAAAGCCAUUUGAAAGUCAAUAAGAAUGAAAUGGAAAAAUAUGCUAAAAAGCAUACUGAGUACAGGAGGUACCUCCCAAUCCAUGCUUAAUUUGUUUCUAAAAGAUAUCCGGGCAUUUUUAAUUAAUUAUUUAAGUACAUAACUGUAUGUGUAUUGUCAAAUGAACAAAUAAAGUAAUUUCAGCUGGCAUGGGACACUUACAAUCCACAUUCAUUGUGCAUUGUGUAUUUUCAAUACAUUUAUCAAAAGAUAUUUGUUUUUGUUUUAUUGUAUAUUUCAUUAUCGCAUAUUUUUUAUUUAGAGUUUUAUUUUAAAAAUUCUACUUGAAAUUUUGUAGAUUGGAUGUAUUUUCAGUGUUUUGUCGAGCUAUUUUACUACACAUUGAUUGUGCAACAUCAUGUAAUAUUUUCAUCCACUAUUUUAUCCUUUGUUAUACAUUUAAGGUGCUUUUUCAUGUUAGUUUUAAAUGUGUAUGUGUUGAAUUUAGUAAAACUAAGAUUCUUUAAUUUUUAAUUUUUUUAUUUAAAAUUUUAAUCAUAUUAAAAAAAAUUGUCAUGUCUGACAAAAAAAAUGUUUUAGGUUGAUCAGAAUGUUCCUUGUUUUGAAGACUUACGCAAAUAUUGAUAUUAUGAAUUUUAAUUUCAUGCUUUUCACUUAUAGGGGCACUAAAAUGUUUUUAAAAAAUGUUGUGUUUUAAAUUUUUAGUGCCAAUGUGUUUUGUGUUCUAUUAUUUUUAGAUAGAGUUAAAAGAGUCAGUAUUGUGUGAAAUCUAAGUCAAUGAUUUUAAAUGUGUUUCUAUAGUUAUUUACAUAUAUUGUUAGAGUGACACAUUGUAGCUAACACUAAUUUCUAAAUUUUUCCCAUUAGCAUAAAAUGCUAACAUAAUAUGUAAAUUCUCAAAUGAACUUCUGACAUAAUGAAAUAUUAGAAAUGUAGAAAUUGGCAUAUUUGGAAGAAGGAAAGCAACCCUUUCUUUUUCCCUACAAAAUCUGCAUUCAGGUGAGAUUUACUAGUACGUUGAAAGGGUAAAGAUACAAAAGUAAAAAUCACUUAAUUUAAAGUGAUAAAUUCCAUACCAUGAUGAAAUAGGGCAACUUUGCGGGACUCAAAUACAAUUUAUAAUGAGUUAUAAUAAGUUAUUUCUAUGUUAUUUGGCUAUGUGUAAAAAAAAAUAUUGCACAGUUACUUAAAAAGAAAAAAGAGAGACAGAAAAAAAAAGAAUUAUGUGUUUACCAUACAAAAAGUUUCAUUCCUGUUUUUCACAAUGCCACCUGUAUGUUCUACAAAUAUUAUUUUCUUUUACUUGUAAUGUGCAAACUAGUAAAAGUUACAUUGUUUACUUAAGUGUAUUAAGUAUUUGCAUUUUAAAAUGGGUUGUCUACCUUUCUGUGUUGACACAACAAAAAUUGUUGAUUUUUAAUGAUUAAAUAAAUAAUCAGUUGUUGUAUUAUAUUUUGUGUAAAUUUACAAUGAGAGAGAUAAGAUAAAUAGAGUCCUGUAUCCACCAAUAUUUUAAUCUUAUGUUACACGAAGAUGCUUCUUUUUCAAUGAUUAUAUUAUUUGUUGAUCUGAAUUUAAAGUGAUGUUAUGUCCAUCCCCGUGUAAAAGGUCAGUGAACAAGUAAAAAUGAAAAUAACUUUACAUUUUGCCAUUAUAUUGUUCAAUAUUAUAUUUUACUAUGAAAAAAAUUUUAUCCAAGUGACUGACAGAAAUUUCUAUAAAUAUCGUUCAGAAUUUAUUGGUAACUCAAUUCUUAAAAAGAUUUGGACAGUCUUUUUAUAUUGCUUAUAGUUUUUAUGUUGUUUCAUAAACAUUUUAUUAAUUAAUGGUCAGUCACUGUUAUAAUAGCCAUUCUUUUUAAAUUUAUCACAAUUUCAACUAAAAAAUGAGCAUAAUGUCACUUUAACCAUAAAUCUGCUGAGUUUGUGAAAUGGAUAUGUACUGUUUUGAAUUUGGAACAGUCCAUUUAAAGUUUAAAAGAUAUCAGUAUCAAAAUACAAAAAAAAUGAGCUAUCAACAGUAGAACCAGGUCAGACUGCACGUUCUAUACUGGUGGCAAUUCUAUCUCCUAUGCAGUGAUCUCCCCUUAUCAGUUGAUCUCUGCCACCUCAAAUUUUUUUAACAAUACAUAUUUUGUUAUUUAACAUUUUUUAGCUUUUUAAUUUAUUUUUCAUUAUUUUGUUUACUUUUGAUAAUUUUCUGAUAAACUGUAUCAAAAGUAGGUAUGAAAGUUAAAAAUAAAACAGAAAGAGAAAUUACAUUAGAUUACAUUAGAUUUUCUGUAAUUUAAGGUUGAUAUUUACAUUUGAAUUUCGAUGUAACGUCAUGUGACUUUUUUCAUCAUGUGAAGGCAGUGAUUACAGUCUGCUAAGGGAGAUAAUCACUGUGUGAGUUUGGUGACAAUUAAGGAUUAUAUCACUUUCCAUUCUAGUAGGGAAGGAGUUCAUACCAUAAACUUUUUAAUAGGCAUCUAUAGUUGUGAUAAUAUACAUUUUACAAUCUGUGCAUACUUAACAAUGACAGUGUUCAAUAUUUAAUAUUUUUAAACACUUUGGUUUAACUUAAGAUACAAAAGUCUUGGUGAAUAUAGGCCUUGAAAUCUGGCUUAAUUUUACAUACAUUACAAAAGUCUUGUGGUGUGUUGAAUUGCUGUGUAUAAUGUUAUAUAAACUUAAAUGUAGUUGUAUUAUAUAGACAGGUAUAUGAUUUACAUCAUAGUCUGAAAUUUUGUAUCCGAGUAGGAUAAUUGAAAAUAGCUUUACUGUUAAAAGAUUUUGCAUUUUUAUGAAAUUGUGAAAUAUACUUGAGUUUAUUUGUAUAAAGACUGUUGCCAGUACAUUGUUUUUAUAAUGUUUUCAUUAUAUGUGUAUACUGUUUUUAUGGAUUUAGAGUGUCAGUAUUGACAGUGAUUACUUUCCAUGAAUGGAAUAAAAAAUCUUAUAAUCUGA